GCGGAACUGCACUCCCUUUGCUGCCGCGGCGGGGCCGGAAGUAGAAGCGGCUGUGGCGGCGGCGCAAAGCUGAGGGAAGUAGGGAGGCAGGGAGCCGGAGAGCCGGAGCCGAAGUCACAGCGGCGGAGACCCCUGUGCGGUGCGGAGGGGGCGGCGGCCCCGGCUCUGACCCGCGCCGGGGGAGGGGUUGGGCCAUGGCGGAGAUCAGCGACCUGGACCGGCAGAUCGAGCAGCUGCGGCGCUGCGAGCUCAUCAAGGAGAGCGAAGUCAAGGCCCUGUGCGCCAAGGCCCGAGAGAUCUUGGUAGAGGAGAGCAACGUGCAGAGGGUGGAUUCGCCUGUCACAGUAUGCGGUGACAUUCAUGGACAAUUCUAUGACCUCAAGGAGCUGUUCAGAGUGGGUGGCGACGUCCCUGAGACCAACUACCUCUUCAUGGGGGAUUUUGUGGAUCGUGGUUUCUACAGUGUUGAAACGUUCCUCCUGCUGCUGGCACUUAAGGUUCGCUAUCCUGACCGAAUUACCCUAAUCCGGGGCAACCACGAGAGCCGUCAGAUCACCCAGGUCUAUGGCUUUUAUGACGAGUGCCUGCGCAAAUAUGGCUCGGUGACCGUGUGGCGCUACUGCACUGAGAUCUUUGACUACCUCAGCCUGUCGGCCAUCAUCGAUGGCAAGAUCUUCUGUGUGCACGGGGGCCUCUCCCCCUCCAUCCAGACCCUUGACCAGAUCCGGACAAUUGACCGAAAGCAAGAGGUGCCUCACGAUGGUCCCAUGUGUGACCUGCUCUGGUCUGAUCCUGAAGACACAACAGGCUGGGGUGUGAGCCCCCGUGGGGCUGGCUACCUAUUUGGCAGUGACGUGGUGGCUCAGUUCAAUGCAGCCAACGACAUUGACAUGAUCUGCCGUGCCCACCAGCUGGUGAUGGAAGGUUACAAGUGGCACUUCAAUGAGACUGUGCUCACUGUGUGGUCGGCACCCAACUACUGCUACCGCUGUGGGAACGUGGCAGCCAUCCUGGAGCUGGAUGAGCAUCUCCAGAAAGAUUUCAUCAUCUUUGAGGCCGCUCCCCAAGAGACACGGGGCAUCCCCUCCAAGAAGCCUGUGGCCGACUACUUCCUGUGACCCUUUGGUCCCUGCCCUCCCCCUCCAGCCCCUCUGGCCCUUGGACCACUGUGACGCUGCCCUCUUCUUCAGAUGGAGGCUGGGCAUGGAGGGCUGCCCCCAGCUCUGCUCUCCCCACAGAGGGCACUUCGAUGGUGAGGACUUUCUCUGGAGAGGCUCGGAGCCGCCGCUCCAUGCUCCUCCUCUCCUUUCUCCCCACCUGAACCAUGAAGUUUCCAAUAAUUUUUGUUUUUCUUUUUUUUGUUUGUUUGUUUGUUUUUAGAUAAAAAUUUUGAGAAAAAGAAAAAAUUCUAAUAGAAGAAAUAUGGUCUUUGGGUUUGUGUCAGAUUUGAUUGGGGGUGGUAGAGAUGCCAGCCUGGGACCAGGGUGCACGCCGGGACCUUGACUGCCCUAGAGCCUUGGUCCCCACAGGAAGGUGAGGCUCAGGCCACUUCACUUGCGUGGAGCCUCCUGGUCCCCAUCCACUGACAGUUCUAGGUAGAGGUCCGUGUUCUCUGAGACAGUUCUAUUCUGAAAACAAUGAGUGUCUCAGGACAUUGAUUCUGCCAUUUUCUUGAAGAGGAGCCAGGCCCAGAGCAGGUGGACUUGCUCAUGUGCACAAGAUCAAGCAUCUGGAAAAAUGGCAAGUCUAGAUCGGGGUGGUGGUCUCCCCACAAAAACCUUUGCUUACCCAGUCCCUCCCAGGGCCAAACACCAUUAGCCCAAUGUUUCCAGAGCACUGAUGUCUUUUCAGUUUUAUUAGCAAAAAUACUCUGUUCCUGAGAACAGAUUGGUGUGGCUCACACUGGGGCCAGGAGAUAUGGCUAGCUGAGCUCCAGGGUGAAGCCGGGGCGUGGGUAGUGCUGGCCCAGGGCCCCAUUUGGCCAGGCAGAGCCUCCCUCUAUUCACACAGAGGUGAAAGUCGGGAAGGGGAAGCUGGCCCCAGCUGGACUCCCAGCAGCUUAGCCAGAGCUUUGAAGCCAGAGGGGGUGGGAAUGAAGUCAAAGUGUGAAGUGGGGUGGAAGAGGCCCAAGGCAGCCAUUUGGUGUGAGGGGUGGGGCCAGUGGAAGUGAGGGAGCUAUAGGUCUGGGGGAAGGGAACUGGAAGUUUGUGGUGGACAACUGAGGGAGGGAGGCAGAGGGGCUAGCAAUGACUCAGUACAUAGGCUUGGAGCCUACAUCGAGGUAGGCCCCGGGCCCAGGAUAGGGUAAGGGCAAGGGACCCCCUUGGAGGAAAUGGGAGGCAAAGGAUGCUGGGUGUGCAGCUGCUGGGUAUCCUGAGCCUCCUGGCCCAGGCUGCAGCUCUAGGGAUGCAGCUGAGUAGGGCGCAGGGCACCCAGAGUCUGGAGCCUGAGGAAAGCUGGGGUUCCUGAAGUGGAGACAGGUAUCAGAACAGGUGAGGGACCCAUCCACCCACCCCCAAACUAGAACAACCCAGUCCUGUGCCCUUGUCCCACUCACCUGGUUGGGAGGUGACUGGGGGCCCCAUGGAAAGCUGCAGGGUGCAGAAGGUAGGCCUCAGCACUGGAGCUACCACAUGGAGGAGCUGGGGCAGGGGCAGCUUCCCUGAGAGCUGGGGCCUGCUCUGGAUCUGACUCACGAAUAUCUCCACCCAGUGUGGAAUCGCAGGGGCCACCUGGUGCAUCUAGGGAGGUGGAAGAAACAGGUUCAGCUAAGGAGGAUCAGCAUCUGAGGCUUGGCCCCAUCGCUAUUGGGACUACUCACCUCCACUCCCACAGGCCUCUGUAGCUACUGCCUCUGGGCCUCGAAGUUUCCUCUUAACACGAGCGUCUCGCUCCCUGGGAAGUACAAUGAUAAUAGCACCAGGUGCCAGGCAUUCACCCUCUCAGGGACCCUAUUAAGUUUUAUUAUUAUACCCAUUCUACAGAAGAAGGAACUGAAGGCCACAGAAUUCAAUGACUAGAAAGUAGCAGAGGUGGGGCUUAUUCCACACUUAGAACUUCCUGAUGGUUUCCUAUUGUAUUUAGAAUCAGUGGAAACCUUCCAAAGCAGCUAGGCUCAUCCCACCUUUCUCUGGCCAUCUCCACUGCCUUUCAGGCCCCUUUUCUGGCCCCUCUUCACCUGCUUAACUCAUCCUUGUCUCAGUUCAUGUAUAACUUCCCCCCAAGAAGUCCUCUGACCUCCCAUAUACCAUAUCCUCCCUGAUAACAUUUAUCAAGUUACACUGUUAAAUUUGUUAGGGUAAUCUUUUGAUUAAUGUCUGUCUCUUCUGCUUUGAGGGCAAGGGCCAGCUCGGGCUGUACUCAGAAUAAAAGCCAAGGUCCUAACUAAACCUCACUUCUGUCACUCCACUCCAGCCACAGCACAGGUAUGUUCCCACUGCAGGGCCCUUGCACAUGUUGGUUCCACUCCCUGGCAUGCUGUUCCUAAAUGUCCACAUGGCUCCCUUCCAUACUUCCCUCAGGUGUUUUCUCGAAUGUCUCUUCUCAGUGAGGCCUUUCCAGGCAUCUUAGCUAAUACCUCACUCCAGUUCUUCCUGUCUUCCUUGUUUUAUUUCUUUUAUCUUUAGAACUUAUCCCUAAUAUAUGCCCACCAGAGUAUUCCAUAAGGACAGGGCUUUGGUUUGUCCUAUUUACUGAAGGAGCUAUUGUGCCUAGAAUUGUGCCUGGCACAUAGUAGGUGCUAAAUAAGUAUUUGUUGAAUCAAUGAAUGAAUAAACAGUGUCUGGCACAUA